AAUUUAGUAAAAACUGUCUUAUAUCAUUUGAAGUCGUAAGAGACCACAAAUAUAGACAAUAUAUGUAUAUAGAUGGAGGUAAAGAGACCAAAUCUGGUGCCAAAUCAGUGUCUUAAAUGGUUCAAAUUUCUUUCUUAAUACUCUGCAUUGCAAUGUAAACACAGGUAUGAAUGCAUGUAUAAAUUUUAUAUCUAGAUCCCUCAAAUGGUUAAAUAUCAGAAUUGCCAUCGCGUCUCUUAUGAACGUCUUCUGACUCUCUCUCUUCAUCGCCGGAAAAAACACAUUUCAUCCGUCGACGCAUGUUCAAGUCACUGGAGACAACAACGCCCACUUUUGUCCCGUGUAAUAUCUUUCGACAACCUUGAUUAAAAGGAUCCAAGUCUCGGCGUGGAAGCUUGCGUCUAAGCUUCAAAAGCCUCCUUCUCAACGCCAAGUCUCCUCGUCAUAACGCUUUAUCUGUUAGGUUUGUGUUCAUUUGGUUUGGUUUCUGAAAUUUUCCUAGGUUAACUCGCGUACGUAAUCACGAUACUGUAGAUGGAGAGCAUAACGAAGUGGGACUUGGGAUCACUCCGAACUUAUUACUCCAUUGAACCUUGGGAGAAGUUUCAAGAAGAGGAGGUUCUAGACAUUAGCCUUGUUCCUCAACUUCAAGGGGAGUUAUGGAAGGCUCAAUCGAGAAUCAAAGAGCUCGAGGCCGAAAAGUAUGUAUCGUGUUUCAUAAGAAACCAAAGAUUUGAGAGAGAAAAAACUACUGAUCCAGCUGUUGACUACUUGAAGGAGAAGUUAAGCAAAGAGAGGGAAGAAAUGAAAAGAGCUAAAGCUGAGAAUUCUAGGUUAAAGAAGAAGAUUUUGAAUAUGGAAUCAUCAGUGAAUCGGUUGAGAAGAGAAAGAGAUACAAUGGAGAAAGUGUGCGAGGAACUGGUUACAAGGAUAGAUGAAUUGAAGGCGAAUGCAAGGAGGAUGUGGAACGAGACUGAGGAGGAGAGGGAAAUGUUGCAGAUGGCUGAGAUGUGGAGGGAAGAAAGGGUUAGGGUUAAGUUCACAGAAGCUAAACUUUCCUUGCAAGAAAAAUACGAGGAGAUGGACUUGUAUGUAAAUGAGUUAGAGAAGUGUUUGGAGAUGGCGAAAGAAGUAGGAGGUAUUGAUGAGAUGAGGCUGAGGAGAGGUGAAGGUUUAAUAAAGAUUGCAAGAUCUUUGGAACCUAUAGAUGAUAAGAUUAGAUUCUGAGGAGAGAUUUGAG